UCCGUGUCCCGUCUCUGUCACGUUUUUCUUUCUCCCCGCUUAGAGCUUCGUGUCAGCGCUAUGGCCGCUCCUGCCGUUACCGAGCUGGAAGAUCAGGAGAUGCGGGAGGCGCAGAGGGAAUACCUUGAUUUCCUUGAUGAUGAGGAAGACCAAGGUAUUUACCAAAGCAAAGUGCGGGACAUGAUCAGUGAGAACCAGUACCGCUUGAUUGUCAACGUUAAUGAUCUCCGGAAGAAAAAUGAGAAGAGAGCAAACAUGCUCAUGAACAACGCCUUCGAGGGUCUCAUUGCAUUCCAGCGAGCUCUAAAGGACUUUGUUGCCUCUAUUGAUGGCACUUACGCCAAGCAGUACGAAGAGUUCUACAUUGGCCUGGAGGGGAGCUUUGGCAACAAACACGUGACUCCUCGCACCCUGACUUCCCGCUGUUUGAGUUGCAUUGUCUGUGUAGAAGGCAUAGUAACAAAGUGUUCUUUGGUCCGGCCGAAAGUAGUUCGAAGUGUCCAUUAUUGCCCAGCCACGAAGAAGACCAUAGAGAGGAAAUAUACAGACCUGACCAGCUUAGAGGCAUUUCCCUCCAGUGCUGUUUAUCCUACAAAGGACGAAGAGAAUAACCCCCUCGAGACAGAGUAUGGCCUUUCUAUUUACAAAGACCACCAAACAAUUACCAUCCAGGAGAUGCCAGAAAAAGCACCGGCCGGUCAGUUGCCCCGGUCUGUAGACAUCAUUUUAGAUGAUGAUCUGGUUGACAAAGUUAAACCGGGAGACCGUGUCCAGGUUAUCGGCACAUACCGCUGUUUGCCGUCCAAACAAAAUGGCUACACGUCUGCCUCGUUCAGGACCAUACUGAUUGCCUGCAAUGUAAUCCAAAUGAGUAAAGAGGUGACUCCAGUCUUUUCAGCUGACGAUUUGGCCAAGAUUAAGAAAUUCAGCAAAAGCCAUAGCAAGGAUAUAUUUGAGCAGCUGUCUCGAUCGCUGGCUCCCAGUAUACAUGGGCACUUAUACAUCAAGAAGGCAAUACUCUGUAUGCUCCUUGGAGGUGUGGAGAAAGUGCUGGACAAUGGAACCCGCAUCAGAGGAGAUAUUAACGUCCUGUUAAUAGGGGAUCCCUCCGUUGCAAAGUCCCAGCUUCUAAGAUAUGUUCUCUGCACUGCCCCCCGUGCUAUCCCCACCACUGGUAGAGGUUCAUCAGGAGUGGGUUUAACUGCUGCAGUCACCACUGACCAGGAGACUGGUGAAAGAAGACUGGAGGCUGGAGCCAUGGUGUUGGCAGACAGGGGAGUUGUGUGCAUUGAUGAGUUUGAUAAAAUGUCUGACAUGGACCGUACAGCAAUCCAUGAAGUCAUGGAACAGGGUCGCGUGACCAUUGCCAAAGCUGGCAUUCAUGCCCGGCUAAAUGCCCGCUGCAGUGUGCUGGCUGCCGCUAACCCUGUCUAUGGAAGGUAUGACCAGUAUAAAACUCCAAUGGACAACAUUGGCCUGCAGGACUCUCUCUUGUCUCGUUUUGAUCUGCUCUUCAUUAUGCUGGAUCAGAUGGACCCGGAACAGGACAGGGAGAUAUCCGACCAUGUUCUGCGAAUGCACCGAUAUAGAGCUGCCGGAGAGCAGGACGGUGAUGCUAUGCCCCUGGGCAGCGCAGUGGAUAUUCUUGCCACCAACGAUCCCAAUGUUACCAGCGAGGAACAGCAGGAACUGCAAGUGUAUGAGAAGCACGAUAGUCUUCUCCAUGGGGUUAAGAAGAGAAAGGAGAAGAUCCUUAGCGUCGAAUUCAUGCGAAAAUACGUCCACGUCGCCAAAAUAUUCAAACCGGUGCUGACGCAAGAGGCUGCCAGCUUUAUUGCGGAGGAGUAUUCACGCCUGCGGAACCAAGAUCAGCUGAGCACAGACGUCGCAAGGACCUCCCCUGUUACUGCACGUACAUUGGAGACCCUCAUCCGUCUGUCCACAGCACAUGCGAAAGUGCGAAUGAGUAAGACUGUGCAACUACAGGACGCUGAGGCUGCCAUAGAGCUUGUACAGUAUGCGUACUUCAAGAAGGUACUGGAAAAAGAGAAAAAGCGGAGGAGACGGGAUGAGGACUCUGACACAGAGGGGGAGCAGCAGACGCAGCCUGAUGGGGAAGCCAAGAAGAGAAGGAAGAAGCGUCGUGCACAAGAAGGGGAGUCACAUGAUCCCUAUGAGUUUAGUGAUACAGAAGAUGAAACCCCUGUUGUGCAUACGCCAAAAACACCCGUGAAUGGGCAAGAGGAGAUGGAAACGGAUUCCUCUGCAAAACCUGGGUUGUCCGGUGAGAGGUUGAAAGCAUUUAAGUCUGCUCUGCUGGGGGCCUUCAAAUCUGCCCACGCUCAGUCCAUUGCCAUGGAGGCCCUGAUGGAGGCCAUCAACAAGAGGAAUGACUCUCCCUUCUCCCAGGCCGAGGUGAAGGCGGCUUUGGAGCUUAUGGAAGAAGCCAACCACAUCAUGGUGUCCGAUAACAUCGUCUUCCUAAUCUAGUGAACAAGCCCCACCCACCUCUCCCUCCGAAAUGGAGGCAAAAGACUAUUGGCUGGCGUGACUUGGCCUGGAAAUCCAUUAUCGCUGAAGAUUUUACAAAGUUGACUUUUCAGAUUUGCCUUAAGGCACCAAGGUGUCCCCUUAUUGGUUUUAAUGUUCUGCCUUUUAGGAACAAGUAUUUCUACAUACAUUGUGUGUAUGGCCCUAUCGCUUGUAUAUAUUUCCUUUUUUAUAUAGUUCUUAAAUGUUGCAGUUAUGUGUGGCAGUUACACCCCAGGGAAUUGGCUCUGUGUGUAGGUUUUAAUGGGUAUUUUACACUGCUGAGAGCCACAGGGGAUAUCUGGGCUUUACUACACUAGUAGUAUCGCUGCUUUUGUCUUUUUAUGCAUUUUACUUCUGCCCAAAGAAGGAUAAAUAUUGUCUUUUAUCAAAGUGUUUUAGUAGCGGGAUGAUUGAUUUUUCAUUUGGACAUUGUGGGUGUAUUGUCUUUGCAGCUCGUGCCGUCACAAAGGUUUGUGCAAUAUUGUCAUUUUUACAGUUUUAACUUGGCAUUUCAGACAUUUUCAGAAUGCAGCAGUUUGUACCUUUUUAAAGAUCUCAAAUAAAACCUGUUACUAAGUA